CGCUUCGAGCUGCAGCAGCCCCAGGACAAGGUGUCGGUGACAGUGGGGGACACGCUCACCCUGACCUGCACCGUGUCCAAAGGCGGUCCCAAUGGCCCCGUGAGGUGGCUGAAGGGCUGGGGCGAUGGGAACGAGACCAUCUAUGACCAGACAUUCUCCAUCCCCCGC